AGCAGAACGUGGCUCAAUUAAGCAGACGUUUAUUAUCAGCUCUAGUAUAAUGUUUAGGAAAAGUGCUUGAUUUUAAUUAUUAAUUAUGUCUUUUAUCGAAAAUGAAUUUUCGAUUCAUAAAAGCCAUCAGGUUAAUACGUCUAUCGACGCGGGCCAAUUUGCUGGCUCUACCGAACUUAUUUUAAUAACCGAUCAUCGUACUAAUAAGUGUCGAAAUCGUCAACAAAUUAUAGUUAACGAGAAAAGCGAAAAUUAUUGUCGUAAUUAUAUGCGUAAGAUUUUUCGGAAAAAAACGCUUUACAAACGUUUACCGAUAUUCCAAUGGCUCCCGAAAUACAGCCGCCGCGAUGCUAUUGGCGAUUUAAUAGCAGGCAUAACUGUUGGACUUACAGUAAUACCUCAAGGUUUAGCAUAUUCGAAUGUUGCUGGACUCCCUACACAGUUUGGUCUCUACGGUUCAUUUAUGGGUUGUUUCGUUUACGUUCUUCUCGGCACUUGCAAAGACAGUACCGUUGGUUCAACGGCAGUGGCUUCAUUAUUAACUUAUCAAGUGGCUAAGGGUAAAUGGGAGAGAGCGGUCUUAUUAACGUUUCUCACAGGAUUCAUAGAAAUAUUUAUGUCUAUUUUCCGUCUUGGUUUUUUGGUGGAUUUCGUUUCGGGGCCUGUAAGUGCUGGCUUUACCAGUGCUGUGGCUAUGAUAGUAUCUACGUCACAAAUUAAAAACAUAUUAGGAGUUCAAAGUGAAGGAUCGUCUUUUCUGCAGCGAUGGAUUAGCAUGUUGAAUGAUAUUAAGAAUAUACGCGUAAAUGAUGCGAUAUUGGGAAUAUGUUGCGUAGUCAUGUUGCUUGGCAUGAGGACAUUGGGGAAAUUGAAAAUUGGGCCCAAAGCACAAGAUGAACAAAAUUGGAAACAUAAAUGUGUUAACAAAAUUCUAUGGUUUAUGGGUGUAAUGCGUAAUGCGAUGUUGGUAAUAGUCUGCACUGCUGUCACAAUGUAUUUGGAGUCACAAGGAAAACACUAUUUCAAAUUAACCGGCAACGUACCUGAAGGUUUGCCUUCAAUAGCUUUGCCACCGUUUUCAAUAGCACCCCGUCCAGCUAAUGAAACUUACGGCGUCCCAGAAAUAAAAGGAGAAACUUUUUUCGAAAUGAUUGAAAAUUUAGGUUAUGGUCUGAUAAUAGUGCCAAUGAUAGCCAUGUUGGAAAAUAUUUCGGCGUGUAAAGCUUUUGCUAAGGGAAAACCGAUUGAUGCUACUCAAGAAUUGUUGGCCAUAGGGAUGGCUAAUGUAGCCAAUUCUCUUUUCCAGGGCUACCGCGCGAAUAGUGGUUUGGCUCGUUCUGCUGUAAAUAAUGCCAGCGGUGUAAGAACUCCUCUUGCCAAUCUUUAUAUAGGGCUAGUGGUUAUGUUAGCUUUAGUAUACUUAGCAAAAUAUUUUUAUUAUAUACCUUUAAGCGUAUUGGGCGCAAUCAUCAUUUCUGCGGUGAUCUUCCAAGUGCAAUAUCAUGUAAUUAAGCCUAUGUGGCGCAGCAAACGUUCCGAUUUGUUAUUAAGUUUCUUGGCUUUUAUGGCCUGUUUAGUUAUGCCUUUGGAAAUUGGAAUAUUAGUGGCUAUAGGUGUGAAUUUAUUAUUCAUUUUAUAUCAUGCAGCCAGACCGAAAAUAAUGCUGGAAACUAUGCAGAGUGUGGAUGAAUUGAAAUUUUUAAAAAUUACACCAGAUCGUUGCUUAAUUUUUCCCUCAGCUGAAUUUGUACGGAAUUUAAUUUUAAAAUCUGGUUGUCAAUCAUCUUUACCGGUAGUCAUCGAUUGCACUUACAUUUACGGCUCCGAUUAUACGGCCGCUAAAGUCAUUUCAUCGAUUGUCGAUGAUUUCAAAAGUCGCCAACACAAGAUAAUAUUCUUUAACUUGAAGCCAAGUAUAGCGCAAAUUUUCGAAGGCUUACAUGCCCAGCUAAUUUUGUGUUACAACGUUGACAGUCUGUCUUAUGAAUUAAAAAAUCACAAUGGUUACGAAGAUAACAGCGGCAACAACAAAAUAACUAAUACAAUAGCUGUUAUAAAAAAAGAUGAAAGAUUCCGUUAUCUAUAUCAACGCAGGAAAACAAUUACUAUAGAUGAGGACCGUAUCAAAUUUUGUAUAUCUUUUAGUAAAUACAAUCGAUGUUUUCCUAACGAAAUGUAA